AAUCCGUGGUGAAGACUUCGUGAUAGGUAUUUGACAAGGUAUCUACAAAGGUGUCAGAUGAGAUGUGGCUUGCUCUAAGUGACGACUCUUUAUUGGGACGUUUAGAAUUUAGCACUGUGAAUGGAAGAAGUAAAGACGAUCCUACCAAAUACGAGGAAUUCUAUGCCUAUGGAGCGCGCAGUUUCUCAGUAUUCCGGGUUUCUGACAUGUCCUUGGUCUUCGACAGUAGAGAUGAGGUGGAAAGACUUCAUGCAGAAUUUUACCCAACUAUUUUCAACACUCAAUUCGAAUCAAAGACCAUGGACGUGAAUGGCCCUGAAGACGAAAUGGAUGCAUCGUCUGAUUAUAAAGGAACACAGCCGGAAUCCAUAGCAAUUGGCAAUAUUGGCUCAAAGACUGUCUUCUUUUUCGGAUGUGAAAAACCAUCAACCAUUGUCAUUUAUAGUGUCACUGAAGGUCGUGAUCCCAUCUUUGAAAGUAUUUAUCGAGCUGGUGAACUCGAUGGCACAUACGCAGAACUUUACCAGAGUAGACAAGUAGGUGAUACUGAUCCCGAGGAUAUCAGAUUUAUAGAUGCAGCAGAAAGUCCGAUUGGUCGACCAAUGCUUAUUGUCAGUGGAAGUCUAAGUGGGACCUUGUCUACGUAUGCAGUUAUUGAUGAUUAGAUAAUUUGCACAUGGCGACGUGAAAAUCUUAAACGCACUCCAUGUCAAAUGGUAACUAAUUUGUUGUUCAAUUCAGUAAAAGAUUUAUUAAAAAGGAAUAAAAUGCUCUUUUUAAAAACAUA